GAAAGAGGGUUUCCCAUGCGGUGAGAUGACUUGUCAGGAAGAACUCGGUGAAGUUUGUUUUGAGGAUCAGUCAUGCGUUUGUCCGUUUGGACAAAAACGCUCAGGUCCUAAAGAAAAAUGCCGUCCUGGACUGGUACAAGAUAGCGCAAGCUGA